AUGAAUAUAUAAAAUUAAGGAUCUGUAGAAUUGUCUGGAAAUCCAGUUUCAAGAGCAAAUGAAGAUGAAGCAGUAUAAUAUUAGAAAAGACUCUCAGUUAUCAUUUUAAAUCAAAUAGAAAGAAAAAGAACAAAAGCAAAAUCUACAAUCAUAUAAAGCUCAAAACAUAAUGCCUUUGAAGAUAGUAGAGUGACUAGAGUCUUUUUUGAAAGAUAUAGGGUUUUGGAAUAUGGGAGAUUUUGGGUUAUUUGUGCUACAAUAGUUUUAGUUGUUUUAGAGGUGUAAAUUAUGAUAAUUAAUUAUAGUAUGAAGUUUCUUUUUAGCAUCAAUUAACAGACAUCUAUGAUAAAGAAAUAAAAAUAUUGCUUUAUUUAAUAAUGAUCUUAUCUAUAAUUUCAAGUAAAUUGUUAAUUUAAUUAGUUAUUAUGACUUUUAUUGCUUAUUAAGCAGAACUUGAAUUUAAAAAACGUUCUCUAUCAAUUCCUAAAGCAAGCAAUAUAUUUUAAACUAAUUUGAUUUUCCUUCUAAUCUUAGAAACUAUUAUUCUAUUACCAUGUCCUACACCAUAUACUAUGGAAUUUAAGAUAUUCUUUACCUAAAGAUAUUCAGACUAAAUCAGAUUUUAUUUUAUAAAUGAGAUCCUAACAUUCAUAAUGCUCUUUAGAUCUUUAUUGAUUCUAAAUAUAGCAUUUAAGUUCCAAGAUUUCUAUUCUAAUAGAGUCAAUAGAUUAUGGUAUAUAUAUUGAACACACAAUUUUAGCCGUAUUUAUUCAGUAGAUUUUGGUCCCCAUUUCAUAUUUAAGGUAGCUAUUAGAGAACAUCCUUAUAAGACAAUCUGUGGACUUUUUUGUAUUGGAUUAUUCAUUUUCUCCUAUUAGUUAGAGAUUUCGGAAAGAUCUUUAUUAAGAACUGAAUAAGAAGUUAAGCUUUAUAAUUUUAAUCAUUCUUUAUGGGUUUGUAUGAUAACAAUAUUUACAGUUGGUUAUGGUGAUAUAUAUCCAUCAACUGAUCUUGGAAGAUUUUCAAUGACUUUAGGUUUAUUUUAUGGUGUAGCAUUGACUUCUUUGUUUACUGCUAUUCUAUAUGCUGAUUUAUAACCUUUAUCUGCAGAAAUGCGUUCGAUAACCUUAUUAGAUAAAGCUAAUUUAAAAGUCUCAAUUAAAUAAUUUGCUUAAAAGGCUAUGCUAAAUUUAUUUAAGCUUUAAUAAUAUUUUUAAAGAAAUAAAUAACAAUAUAUAUAAAGUAAUCCAGCAAUUGGAUAAAGAGUGUCUCAUAUAAAAGGUAUUUUAUAAAAAACAGAGAAUAUGAGAAGGUAAUCAUGUAUAUUAUUUAAAUCAGAAACUAUAGAACAAUUGACACUGAAGAUUUCAUUACUAUGGCUGAAAGAAGAUUUAAAGAAAUGACUCAUUUUUUCAUUGAGUAUUAUGAAAUGCUUGAAUAGAUGUAAUAAUAAUAAGAGUUAUUGGAUGAUAUAGAUACACCAAGAAUUCAUUCAAAUGAAAAAAGUCAUACAGUAACAUCAGCUAGUCUUAAUAUAAGAAGCAAAGAUGAUUAAUAUUUUGAAGAAUUGAUUGAUUCUUAAUCAGAAAACCCAUAAUUAAUGUAAUUUAAUGAUGAAGAUUGA